CCCAGGCUAGGUUCAGAACUCCUUCGGGGAACUGCGGUUGGUAAUUAAUAAACUUCCACGCAAUAAAUCACUUUUUUCUCCCCCCCCGCCCCAACCCGGCCAGUGCAGGGUGGUGGUGGGGAAAAGCGAGGCAGACCGGGCUCAGGGCCCGGAAGGACGCAUCCGGUCCCACACGAUCGGAUCCUGCAGGGCAAGCAGCAGCAAAUCCUCGGGCACACUCGGCUCCAGGAAGCCGAGUGCAUGCAGCAAACGGCUUCACCAGCGACGGCCUUGGAGAGGAACGUGCCUCGUUCGCUCCAACACCCGUCUGCCUUCGGUUUGUAACGCCUGGACCCGGAACACAUGUGCUGGUAGAUCCGCAAAAGCUCCGUUUCUUGCUAGCCUGGAAGCCUCGUUCUCCUCUUUUGCUUGCCCUAGCAAUAUGAGCGGGUCGCUUUUUCCUGCUAGCGCUUGAGGCAAUCGCUGUGCAGUUUGCAGGGAUCGGCUGGAUUGCCUUUCCCCCCCGUAGUGCCACGGCCGCUUUGGGAGGAGGGCCGGCAGCGGCGAUCCGGAGGGGCUUAUCGCGACAUCGAGCGACGCGAGGCGCUUUUGCGCGUUGGUUCCAAAGUGGUCGCCGAGUUACCGGCUCAUCUGAGGUUGGGACUGCAAAUUCCGACAGGAGGGCAUCUACUCCAUAGACUUUCUUUGCAAGGUCACCUGAGGAGGGGAAAACUGCCGGCGCUCUUUGCAUGCCCGCCCUUGCCUUAUCGUUGAGCGUACUGCUUCGUUGCAACAGAACAGAGCUGUUAGCAGUGGGGAAUACGGUCUGGGCAUGAUGCGAUGGCCUCUAGGCUAUGAAGCAAGGUGGUGGAUCGAUUAGGGCUUCUACUUUUCCUGAACAAGUCCGCAAGGCAGAGCUCUGUCCCUCAGCCCCGCCAGGAGCUUGUCUGCGAAGUUGUGCCUUUGCAGCGCCUGUGAUUCGCCAGCUUCUCCUUGCAGACUCAUCGGGACUGAAACGGAAGGGAAUCCUCUUGGCCAGCUUCAGGAGAUCGACUCCUGGCCGAUUGAGCUGAUCGGGGGCGACUCGCUCCUCCUCCUCCUCCUCCUCGUCGCUUCGAACCCCUUCCUCCUGCCCCCUGCCCAUGAAAUCCCUUGGCUCUCUAUGGCUUAAUCCUGCAGGAUUUGCAAACCAGGGGGCCCUGCCGGUCUCAUGAGGAAGCGCGGCCCCCGCUUCCAUGAGAAAAAGGAGGAGACCCCGUCGGGAUGGCUGUGAUGCUGCCACAGAGCAGUGGUCUCCCCGCGUGGCGUGGCACUGCUCCUCCGAGUGGUGGGACUAAGGCGGCGGCAGGGGCCCAAUAAGCCGAGGUGCUCGGGCUAGUCCUGCGGAGGCUGCGCGCAGGUCGUGCGUGGACGAGGAGCGGAGGAGACCCCGCCCGAGGGGCCAAAGUUUUGCCAAGUCUUUUCGCUAGAGGAGGUCCAGAGAAGGGCGGCCUGGCCUGUCGCGGGAUCCAAGCCCCAGCCAGCAUCAUGCGGGCUGGAGAACGCCUCCUGCCUCUUGCUCUCGUGGGGUGGUAGACUCCCAAGCCCCCAACCCACCUCUCUAACUCUGGCUGCCUGCAGGAGUCAUGGUGGGCGAGUGCGGGGGCAGGCUGCUGCGUUGGCGGCUUUGAAAGUUUGCCAGGCACCGGCGAGGUUGCUCUGGAUUUGAUCCCAUAUUUGCCGAAGAUCCCACAGAGGAGUGAUUGGAAAGGGAGGGCGGCGGCGGAGGAGGAGGGAUCGGGAGGGGGAAGAGUCAGCUGUUUCCAAGCAUGGGAGACAGGUUGCCGGAACAAACGCGUGCAAACCCAUCUCCUGCUGUGGCCGCCUCUUCCGAAGCAGAAGCGAUCGAGGUACUGGAAACCGAGGAUGUCUUGCCCAUGGCCACGGAGGACAACCAUAGAGUUGGAAGGAACCAAAGUUCAUCUACUCCAACCUGCUGCCCAAAGGCAAGGCUGCCAACCCACCGGCCCCCCACAGAUCAACCUUUGCUGUCCAGAACACAGUCUGAUACAAGCAGAGGGCAGAAGCAUGCCAGAAAGUGUUUCCAGAAUAAAGCUAACCCAACAGGAAGUAACCAGUUGAUAGAUGAAGAAAUUGGGAGGCACAGCAAGUUUGAUCCUGAAAACACUGGAUAUAUCAGCACUGAGAAGUUUCGAAACCUCCUCCAGAGACAUGGUUCUGAGCUGGACCCACACAAACUGGAAGUGCUCUUGGCCUUGGCAGACAACAAUUCCGACGGGAAGAUCUGUUACCAAGACUUUGUCAACUUGAUGAGUAACAAAAGGUCCAACAGCUUCCGCCAAGCCAUUUUGCAGGGGAACAGAAGGUUGUGCAGCAAGGCACUGCUGGAGGAGACAGGCCUUAGCCUCUCCCAGCGGUUGAUCCGACAUGUUGCUUAUGAGACGUUGCCACGUGAGAUUGAUCGGAAGUGGUACUAUGACAGUUACACCUGCUGCCCUCCACCCUGGUUCAUUAUUGCCAUUACCAUUGUAGAGGUUGCCUUCUUUCUUUACAAUGGAGUGGUUCUAGAUAGGUUUGUGCUACAAGUCACCCAUCCCUUAUAUCUGAAGAACUCAUUGUUAUAUCAUCCUCAGCUCCGUGCUCAGGCUUGGAGGUACCUUACCUACAUAUUCAUGCAUGCCGGGAUAGAGCACCUUGGACUCAAUGUUGUUCUUCAGCUCCUGGUUGGGGUCCCCCUUGAAAUGGUACACGGUGCAGCAAGGAUUGGGUUUGUUUACAUUGCUGGUGUUGUAGCAGGUUCCUUGGCAGUGUCUAUUGCUGAUAUGACUGCACCUGUCGUGGGCUCCUCUGGAGGGGUGUAUGCCCUCAUAUCUGCUCACCUAGCCAACAUAGUAAUGAACUGGUCUGGAAUGAAGUGCCAAUUCAAGUUGUUGCGCAUGGCUGUUGCCUUGAUAUGUAUGAGCUUUGAAUUUGGAAGAGCGGUGUGGUUGAGGUUCUACCCUUCUGCUUACCCUCCAUGCCCACACCCAAGUUUUGUCGCCCACCUUGGUGGGGUGGCAGUUGGAAUCACCCUGGGCGUGGUCAUCCUAAGGAACUAUGAGCAAAGACUCCAAGACCAGUCCUUAUGGUGGAUCUUUGUCUCCAUGUACAUGGUGUUUGUUCUCUUUGCCAUCUUCUGGAACAUUUUUGCCUAUAACCUGUUGGACCUGAAACUACCUCCACCUCCUUGAGAACCUGGGUUGAGGACCUGUAAAGGACAAACCAAUGACUUACCAUCUACCAGCUUCACUGGGGGGGAAAGAAAUGAAACUUGAGGAUUUAUUUUUGUAUGAAUAUUACAGGAGAUAAGCAAAUCCAUCUUCCUGAAAGGCACAGAUUGAAGGGAAACUAUACUGCACAGCUGGGAUGUGACCGUAUUAUGAAAAAGGUGACCUAAGCAAGGACUGCUCAGUAGAGCUUUGCUUGGAAGACAUUUGGGCAUGGAGACUUACAGGUAUUACAAUAGUCCAUAAGGCCUUGUAUCCCUUGCUCAUGCAAGUAGUUUGGUGCUGCUCUAAUGAGAAAAGGGCUGAAGACUCAGCCCUGUAUUUGUAUAACUGGGCACUUACACACAUACUGAUCAAUAGUGAUGCACAUAGUGAAAAUUGUUGGGGUUGCCUCUAUUUUCCCAUGUCAAUCUCCUACUGCACCUGUAAUUGGAAGCUUUGCAAUUAUGCAUCAAGCCAUGGGGAAGUCCUUUCCCUAAUUAAUGAAAUAUACUAAGGAAGUCUGCCAAGGCCAUUUAGCUUGCUUUCAGGUCAAGCUGCUCUGUCUGCAGUACCGUUACUAGCAUUCUGUAAACUUGGGCAAUUCCUCAAGCCUGUUCGCCUGUUAAGGGGAGCCUGCCUCAUAGAAGUUUCCAAAAGACCCAGCAAAUAUGGGUUCAUGCCUGGCUAGCAGCAGAGGCAAAUUUUCUGCAAAAGAACAAACCAAAUUGCACUGAGGGAUUUGAUGGUACUUUAAUCUGGUUGCUGAAUACAACUGCAUAUUUCAUCUGAUUUUCACAGGUUUGGACUGAUUUUUUUCCUCUUAGUAGCAGAUCAUGAAUAAUUUUGCAUUUUUGUUGACAAUCGUGUUGUUUUCUUCCUGGGUCCUAUACAUUCUAAAGGGAUUGCUAAAAUGUCAUUUCAGAACACAGCCCAUGGCACCUAAUGGAUGCCUCUGAAUUUUUGCUUACCUGUAUAGAAUUGGGCGGGACCACACCUCUGUAUUACAGUUCAUUUUUGCAAAUUUUAUCUAGCAACCUCUGUGACCACUUUUUUGAACAAAGCAUCUCCUUAGUUCUUGUUUGGAAAAUGCAAAUGGACUUCCUUUGCCUGACAUUGAGUUAUAUAAAUGCUGCUUUAUAAAAACUGUCAUAUAUAGCUUCAGGGAAGGAUUUGCAAUGGCACCUCAGCUUAGGGCCCAAUUCUCAGUGAGGUAGCAAACCUGUGUCUGGGCUAUAGCACUUCAUAGCACUGGGUGGAGGCUGACAUAACUGAACACUCCUCCAUGAAUAAAAUAAUAAAUUAAAACUUUGCACAUAGGAAACGAGCAUGUCAUGGAGAAGGCUAAGCUAGAUCCCUUCUCCCUGGCAUUCAGUUUUCUGUGUGGAGAUAAUUGUUUGUAUGGAGAAGCAUUCUGUUAUGUGAAUCCAUAUCUGCAACCUGAAGAAGUGAAGUUGAGUCCCAGGUUUACCAACUCAAUAAGAACUAGGCCUUAGAGCUUAGUUCUCAUUAGGAAUGAUGGGAGAAUUGUUGUUGCUACAGCAGGUACCUUAGUAGCCACAGAAUCUCCGCACCAUUAGUAGCAGCAAUGAUGGGCUGUUGGGUCUCACGGAAUCAGCACACGCAUGCCCCACUCUUGGAUUGGUGGGGCAUUGUGCAGAAUGUAAGCCACUGUAUCUCAAGAACCUAAUGUUGUUCAUGCAAACCACACAGGAAAUGUAAUAGUUGUAGAAUACCAAAUACUCCCUUUGUCUAUUUUACAGAUAUCUAAUUUGCAGGAUGGUGAACACGCCAAGAGAGCUAGCAUACAAGCAGGGACGUAGCUAGGGGAGAGGUGGCUUGUGUUCAUCCCUCUCUCCGGCAGCCCCUCGGAGUGAGGGAGGUAAUGAAGAAAAUAGGGAGGGGUGGAGUUGGGGGGCAGGAGCUGGAGGGCCCAAAGGAGCUGGGGGGCCCAAGUGCUUUGAACCCAUCUGCUCAGUUGUAGCUGCACCCCUGCAUAUGAGCUCAGAAACUAAUCUUUCUGGGGAGAGGGCAAAACCCACUGCCUAGGUUGCCAGCCCACUCUUUUAUCAUUGAAAAGAAUGCCCACUCAUACUGAAGGCAAUCUACAUUUGUUUUCACUGUUCUACAGUUGCUCUGCUUUUGCCUCAGUCUCUCUCCUCUAGUAAAUGGCUGAAUGCUCUUCAGCUGGAUUUGGAAUCAGCUUAGUAAUUGCAGUAUUUGUCAGUUAGCUUUCAGGAAAAAUGCAUCUGUUUCUCAAGCAUUCUCUACCAUCAGUACAUGUGCUUUGUGGUAUUGCGCUUUGGGAAUUGUAGUUCCUAGCAUCAGCUGUUAACUGGAGAAAUUCAACCCUCUCCCCAACACAAAUGCACUGGAGAACAAGCUUGGGUUUUAGACACGUAAAAUAUUUGCAAAAACCAAAUGAGAAUUUAUUCCAAUAGGGAAGUUACUCACUGAUCACAUGGUUCACAGCAAUCAACUAGAGUUUUAGCAAAUGUAAGAAGCUAACAAAAAGGAACUUACACACAUGUACUUGCAAAGCAGCUGGUUUUGUAAUUCAUGUAAUAUCACAGCAUCAGUGAGAGACUCAGAGUAAGGGGUGUAAUGCUCAAGAGCAUUCAUACCUGCACCUUCAAAGCAGCUGGCUUUGGCUGCCUGGUCUGCUGAUCACACAUAUGCAGAAUCUCAUUUUACAUUUCAAGCCAGAGAAGAACUUCUGAGGGGAGUGUUGCUCAGUUUAUUAUAAUACAGCUGAGCCUUGCGAGCUGGAUGAAUUCAUAUUCUGAACCCAGGUAGUUAUGAAGUUUGGCAGCAUCACUACUCUCACACUUCGCAAGUCAGCUUUUUUGACAUGUGAGACAGCCUCUACAAUGAGGGACAGGCAGCAUAACCAGCUCCAUUUUACGUAUGGUCUCUUGCUGGAAAAAGGGGGAGCCAUCAAUAUAAAAUCUACUCGUCAGGAGAAGGCCAGGGUCCUGCAGAAGUCCUGCUUAAGACUUGUUUGAUGGUAUUUUAAAUGGAAUUACACAGAGCAGAAAUUUGACUUCAAAGAGAGCUGGACUGCUCCAAGAUACAAGGAGGAGACUAGAAUUCCAAAACUGCCCUACCAGUGCUUGGCUUUCCUUCUGAAGAGUUUUCAGCCUGCAUCUUUGCCAAGGACAAGCAUAUGCCUCUGCGAGAUCUGUACACAGUUUGGCACCAGCCUCAUUAAUCCAAUGAGUUUAUGUCAAAUCCGUUCUUCUGUCAUAGGCUUUCUCCUCUUAUGAGUCCAAAGCCUUAUAUAAUUGAGCAUUAUGCCUCUGCAGGUAAAACAAAAGGACAUGAUUAUUUUCUUUCCCCCCCAUGACUUUGUGUUACAUCCAUAUCUGGGGUGGUGGUGGUGUGGAUAGUAAAAGAAAAUACUAGUAAAAUAUCUGUCAUUUUGAAAGGCAGAGGACAUGUCUAUGUUGCAGAGAAUUCUGGGGCUGGGCCAGACCACUACAAUAGCCUCCUCCAGUGCAGAACUUGGGUUUCCACACAGGAGUGAAGGGCAGCCAGUUCACCUACAUGGGAGAAAGUAAAAGGACGUAUGAGAGUGGGAGCUAAACCUUUCCCCACCCCUUGUGUUGCUACUCUGUGGGAUGAGGGAUCAUACUUAGCCCCAUCUCUGCAGUGUGCCAGGGACAACCAGUCCCUUUUGUCCCAUAGAAUUGAGGUAGAUGUAAUGGCAGCUGCUCCAAUCAUGGUCAAAGAGGAGGGUGUGGGAGGGUCCAUUUUUAACAGUACAGUAAAAGGAAAAGAUACAGGUGAGGAAUGCAGCAUCCUCCCCCCACUCACAGCUUACCUGCUUGCAGUCUUCCCUCGCUGCUCAGCUACUUUUCUCCUCAGCUGAGCUCUGAUACUAGGAGCGACCUUGGCAAGGCAAAAAGCCAUAGAACCUAAGAGAAGGAAAGUGGUGGGAAGGGAGAGGGUUCAUCUCCUCACCCACACACCUUGUUUGUUUUUCAGUUUGGACCUUCCUGCUCCUGCCUGCUUCAACAUUAUUAGGAUAGAUUCAAGUUUCACAUGCCACUGUUGCAUAGGAACAUAAGCUGCCGCCUUAUACUGAGUCAGACCAUAGGUCCAUCGAGCUCAGUAUUGUCUACACAGACUGGCAGCGGCUUCUCCAAGGUUGCACCUAGCUUGGCCCUCAGUGGGAACCACUGAAAACCAAACCAACACUGACUGACAUACUGCACAAGAGUACACCAGCCUAGUAAUGUUGUGUGCACUAAAAUGAAAUGUUACACAAGAGUCAGCCCAUUGGAAAUGAUGGGCCUGGUCUUAUGUAACAUCAUUUGAGCAAUUUGCAUGCAUGCAAUGUUACUGAGCUGAUGUACCCUUGGGCAAUAUGACCGCUAUUAUCUUCAAAACUCUGAACUGGGGUCUGCUUCUUUCUCUUGCUUGCGUGUAUCCACAGCCAUGGAUGUAGAUAAGUAUCUGCUAUUGGUAUUGUGGUGACAGUAGGACUUCUGUGCCAAGAAAUCCAUUAUCCAAGUAUUUAUUGGUAGUCGAGGUCACAUCUGAUAAACAUUGGGCUGUUUUAUGGCAGAAUGCCUUGUUGAAUCUUGAGCAUGAUGAGAAGGAAGCUCAGUGUGCAACAGGAAUCUUGUUUUAGCAUAACAUCACAGUCAUACAAUUCAGCUUUAUCUGGGCUCCUACUAAUAGAAUAACUCAUGUGGAUCUGUUGUGUUGUACAAGAGCUUAAUAAUGGUGGCCACAUAACCAGGUGGGCCUGAUCUCCUUUCAAAGUCCAGACUUUGUGACACUCACUGUCACAUACAAGAAUAAAAUAAUUGCCAUGGGGAUUAUUCACCCAGUGCAGGGGCUCCUACACAUAGGGGAGGAAAUCUAUAUAAGACACAACUAAUUUUUUUUAACUAAAGUUUUUGACAUAAUGAUGUUCCCAGGCUGAGUCAAGAGUCGUUAUCUGCCUAACAUUUCCAGGAAUUAUCAUCCCAUGAGCAGGAUCAAGUGAGAUGAUACAUUCCACUGCAACAUUUCUUCAUAUAUGCACUCACUGGUUCACAUUUCAUGAACAUGACCCAUUACAUGGAACAUGGCCCUAAAAGCCUGGAGAAGGGGACAAAAGCAGAGGUUCACCUCUUGAUGUGCUUUUUGUGAGCACUAGGCCUUAAUGCUGCAGAAAACGGAACUUUCUGCAUAAUCUGGCUUUGGACGCAGAUAAACAUUUUACAUCCCAGUGAUUAGAGAUCAAUUCAGCUUCCCUACUAUGUAAUCUGUCCCCUACCAUAGCAAGGGGCAGUCCACUUUGGAUCAAAGACAAUACUGUAAUCCUUGAUUUUCCCGACCUCCACAUUGUAUAAUGUUCUCCAAAACAAUACACAUAUUUGGUUUACAAGCCUUUCUCCCCUGCCCCCCAAAUAUAACAUUCUGCAAGAAUUCUAAAUAAUAGCAAUGUAAAGCAAAGCCAUUUCUCCUGUCAAAAAAAUCACACAAGACAGGCAUUUCUGAGUUCAGCUGCCUCUUAAAGUCAGCCAGUCAUUCCAGGAUAUUGCUGCUCCAGUGAGUGAUUAGAGGAUAAAUUUCUCCUUACCUCCAGAUGUCCUUGCUAGCUUACAACAUUGUGCUGCUGCAGACGUUUGUAGAUUAAUUGCAACUUGCAAUGAGUCUUAGACUCUUCAUGAAACAGGCAUUCUGUUUAACUCUACUACUGCCAGAAUGUGCUGAGAUCUGGUUGUAGCCUUCCUUGAAAUAUAAUUAGAAUACAUAAAAGAGAACAUGCAGAUUUCUAUACUAGCGAACAUACAGCUAAAACAGUCAUCUCGAGCAGAGGUUUGCAUGAUGGCUAGAGCCAGGCAGUGCUCUCAGGCCUGUUCUUUUCUUUUAUCGUGAGGAAUAACAGCAGCAAGGUGAAAGAGCAACUGAAUUAGGAAGGGUGGUGAAAAAGAUUGAUUGCUCAGCUCCUACGGGGCCAUCUACUGGCCAAUGUGGAUACAUGUACAUCGCUCCCCUUUCUAAAGGCUGUGCUCACAAAUCGGGAAGUAGAUGUUUAAUGAUCACAAGUUUGUUCUUGACCUAUUAUAUAUACAUAUACAUUCUCUCUCUCUCUCUCUCUCUCACACACACACACACACACACACACCACUCAAGAAGCAGAUGGCAAUGAUUAUUAAACUUUGUUGUAUGACAGGUCACAGCACUUUUUAUUGUUGUUAUUGCCCUGGGCUGACAAAGACCCCCCAGGGAAGAGGUCAUAGCUCAUUGGCAAAGCUGUGAGAAGACAUCCCUGCAUAAACUGUGUGUGGUCCAGAUCGUCUAUGACAUCAUUCAGAGAUCGGGGCAUACACAGUUAGUUUGCUCUGGGAACUUGGCCUGGAUGCAGUGUGAGAGGCCAGAUUUGCACACAGCUUUGAGCACGGUGGAUGCCUUUGGAACUGAAUGCAAGAGGCAAAGGAAAGGGGAGAUGGUGGUGCUAGGAUUGAUCAUGCUCCGCAAACUAAUCUGUUGGAAGCAGGCAUGGAAAGAGGUGCAGUUUGUAGGGGGGUAGGAAGUAUGAGUGCUUAACACUUUCCAUGCCUGUGUGUUUGACCCUGCAAACCUGUCCUGCCUCUGCUAAUUUUCUGCCACAUGAAGUGGCAGAUAGGGAGGAUUUAAGCAAUACCCUGCUUCUCCUCUCCAAAUCACACCCCCUCCCCCAUGCAUUACUUUGCAGUAGAGAAGUGGUGGCCAGGGUUCCUAGACCCAAGUCUCCUGCUGAAAGCGUAGAUUGGCCCUGGGUGGCUGACAUGUUAGCUGAGACGUUACAACUGAGAAUUGUCUUUUACAUCAUGAUUGUCAAAUGGGAGGCUGCCUGAAAGGUAUGCUGCAAGGGAAGUUGUGUGCAUGGCUGAGGAUUUCUUUGAAGUUUUGGCUUGCAUUUGAAUGUGAGCCAGUCACUCUGUUUACAUUUUAAACGUACAUUUCACCAUUUCCAGAUUUAAAUGUUAAUGUGGCACGUUAGCUUUUCAUUUUUUAAAAAACCACAUUUAAAAGAUGUGUACAGAUAAGGGUCAGUUUGGUUGUAGUUGAACCCUAUUAACCUCAUUAGUUCUGGGUGGAAAUGCAUAUCUCCAUACACCUCAAAAGACUCACCCAGUCAGCUCAGUGAGGCCAUGAUGAAUGUGCAGAUGAUAUAUAAUCAUCUACCAUUUGCUACUUUCCAUACAAGCACAACUGUUUUGAAAAGCUUUCUGAUGAGAUGUUUACGGCAGCCACUUGUAUUGCUGAAGAGGCAAGCUGCAAGAGCAAUCAUUCCACCACUUGCUAGUCCUUUCUGCCUAGUAAACAUAUAUAGCAUUAUACUAAGUUUCAUUACAAACAGAUAAACCUUUCCCCCACAAAUUAGCUAACUUGCAAAGCAGCACCACAUUUUAGAAGUGCUCAAAAGGAAAUCAAGCAGCUGCUCAAUAACUCUCAAGGGAUGCUUGUCUCUUAGGACUGUGCUCUGCUGCUAUUACCUCUGGUUUCAGACUGAAUUUGAAAAUUUGGUUUCUAAGUCAUCUGCACAUUUCAUGGCACAAAGAGUGUAUGAGCGCAAAAAACAACAACAGUUGCCAUCUCAUGAGAACCCUUAAUUUUGGAACCUUAUUCUCAGGAUCCGGCAGUAGUGUGCCUAUGGUAUCCUUUGGCUCAACAACUUUACAGCACAAAGGGGGAAGGAUUCUACAACACUGAAUUGUAGCAACUCUAUUAUGCUCCUGCACAAAAAACUCUCUAAAAGGAGGUCAGACUGGGCCCACUGGUACUCUCCCACACCUCACUCUCAAAGCCCCUGUGGGAAUAUUCCUGGCAACAUGAAGGCCUAUCUUUAAUGUGAUUUUUUUGUGCGAUAGUGGGUACAUACUGUACAUCAACGUCCUGGGCACACUUGCCACAGGAACAACUGCUUGAAGCAGUGAACAAGUGGCUCAUAUCUGAAGUUUUUUCUGUUCCUUUCUGAUAAAUCCACUCUCUUCUACAAGUCAUACAAACCAUCUUAGUUGCUGCCUAUUGGAAGCCCAGACAUAAAGAAAGGGUUGAAAAUAUGGAGACCAAGACAUAAUACUUAACCAUUCAGAAAAGCAAGAAACAGAAGAGAAACAAAAGUACGCACUUGAAGGUAAAUGCAUUUUAAUACAAUUAAUCACUGGUUUUUAAUUGAGGAAUGCUCCAGAAUGAGGUUCUUCAGAAUCUCAAAACAGAGUACAAACUUAUAUCACAGAGCACUUCACAAGACAGAAUUCCACAGGCUGAAUUUUAUGCAGCAAAAAUACAUUAAUUUUCACCAAGUUUAAUAAGUGUACUAGUAGUCACUGAAUGUGUCCUGACUCCCCACAGUGUCUGUUAAGUUUACAACUAAAGCUAGAUUUGUGAAGCUUUUCUUUCUAUGCUUACGCGGUUAGGGCUUCCUUCCAUGGUUAACUGUUAUAGCACCAAAUGAUGUAAUUUUGCCUUAAAAAUGCUGAAUGGAAUAUGCUUUCUCAUCAAGGGCUAGUAGAGCAAACACAGUACUUGCAAAGUAGCAUGCUGUAAUAAAUGUCCAAAUAUUUUUCUAUUGUGUACAAUACAUACUGUAUAGUUUUGUUCUAACAAUUACUUGUGCACAGACUCCAUUAAAGAAUUGCUAUUCAGCUUC